CACGACUCCACGACUCCACGACCCCUCAUCCUCAUUAAUAAUUCUCAUCCUUAUCGCUCCUCGACGGUCAGAUUACCGGCAAUAUAUAAAUUGAGCGGUUGCAAGCGAUCCCUUGCCGUCCCUUGCCGUCCCUUGCCGUCCCUUGCCGUCCCUUGCAAUGGCUCACAAAUGUCAGGACCCGGGGGAGAUUCCUGCUUUGGCGUCGGACAGAUGUUAUCAAUUCCAAACCCACCUUAUCAUUUCCCAACCCAACGCCAUAAAAAUGUCUCUCAACCACGCCUCAAUCCAGCAGCAUAGAAUUUCUUCUGUUCCUUCGUUUUCCGUUCCCUGCCCCCACGCGCUCUUUAUACCGGACGGCGCCGUCGAGAUACGAUCAUCCGUUCAGCUUCCGACUAUGUAGGAGUAUGUAAGAAGUAUUGUAUCUUCUGCAUGCAUUGCUUCUUCUGAAUGGCGGAUGAUCACUCUCGCUUGGAGCAAUAGGACCGAUCCCAUUUCCCUGUCCGUUUUCCACCUUUCCAGCCCCGCAGGUACUGUACCCCUCCAUGCUCCUUGACAUUUACCCCGCCAUCAUCCUGGACUUGGUUGGGAUGGGAAUCCCAUUGGUCCGGUAGUCUGACUUUUGAUUCAUCCUCUUCGUCUCGGGUGGAUCUUUUGGUACAUCGAUACCCCCUCAAUGUCGAUUUAUAUUUUUCCGUUGUUCGUAUGUUGAAGAGGAAAGUCUUCUGGGUAUUGAGAAAUUGAAAAGUUUGUUUCUUGCGGAUAUGAGAGGUCUCGUUGGUUUUAUAGUUGAAGUGGUUUCUGUAUAUACUUUUCUGCAUGUUUAUAUCUUGUUUCCUUGACGAAAAUCACAAUCAUUCAAAAUGAAUUUGAGACAUACCCUCUACCUCCUCCUAACCUGUCUCUCUCUAACCACCUCCACAAUACUACAAAACGGUCAAGUUCGAGAAACAAACUACCCAGACACAAAAAUCGACGCCUCACUCUACAACUUCCAAUCCUUUCCCCCAAACAGCACAGAACUAUCCUACAAAGGCCGCUGGGACUCUAAAUACAUAAGCUGGUGGUCGUCAGUCUCCCUCUCCCUCUCCCCUCUCCCAUCUCCCCAUAUAAACCACCAAUCCUCACAUCCCCCCAAACCAAGAAAAAACUAAAAGCAAACCAGAGCACCCGGCCUCAAAUUCGGCUUCACAGGAGACACAGUCGCCAUAACCUUCGGCAACCACACCUCAAACGGCGUCCUAAUAGCCUACCGCCUCUCCGACCUCGACUGGCAAUUCACAAACAUCUCCACCUCCUCAACGCACCUCCUCAUCUCCCCCUCCACCCCCGGAAUCAACACCACCUACCCCAUCAACCCCCACACCCUCGAGCUCCGCAUAACCAACUGGGCCUACGGCCUCCAAAUCUCCUCCAUCCACCUCGCUCCCUCCGCCUCCCUCAUUGCCCUCCCCAACUACGGCAGGAAGAUCGAGGUGAUUGGCGACUCGCUGUCCGCGGGGNAAUCUCCUCCAUCCACCUCGCUCCCUCCGCCUCCCUCAUUGCCCUCCCCAACUACGGCAGGAAGAUCGAGGUGAUUGGCGACUCGCUGUCCGCGGGGGAUCUCGCGACGCUCGAAGGACUAUCUAGCUACGCCUUUGGGCUAGGCGAGGGCAUCGGCGAGACGGAAUAUAGUAUCACGGCGUAUCCGGGGGUGUGCGCCGCGGAUCGCCAGUGUUGGGGGAAUGCGAGGGGGAUGGUGUGGCAGUGGUGGUAUACUUCUGAUACGUCGCCGCGAGCGGGGGAGUUGUAUGGGGGGGAGCCUGAGAGCUGGGAUUUUGGGAGGGAGGAGGAGGCGGAUGUGGUGGUGAUUUGUUUGGGGACUAAUGAUGCGAAUGAGCAUAAUCAGGUGAGUUUUGAAUCAAGGGGUUUGGGGUGUGAAAUUGGAAAAGGGGGAUGUGUGCUAAUUCCCGGCAGGUUAGCGAGGAGGAGUUUGUGGAUGCGUAUCGGAGGUUGAUUAUGGGUGUUAAGGGCGUGUGGCCUGGGACGAAGAUUGUGAUAGUUGUAAGUGUCUACCUAGCUAUGUUCUUCCCAAUCCCUUCCUUCGUGCUCCAAUCAAGAAAGCAAAAGCUCCGCAGGAAAUUUCGAGAUUUGAAGUGAAAUCAAGGUAUGGUAGAGCUAACAAUCUCAGUCCCUCUGGAACGGCUUCUACGCCAAUGGAAACUCCUACGCUCAAGCCGGUGGUAAGAUUCCCUCCCAUCCCCCAUCUCCCUCCUAAAACCUAACACCACCCUCCCCCAGCAUUCACACAACCCCUCCACACCCUCUACACCACCUUCAACACCCCCUCCUACCUCCAGAAUCCCAUGCUCUACAACCACACCACCAACAGCACCUACACCACCAACACCCCAUUCGAGCCUUUCGUCUACUACUUCAACACCACCGGCAUCCUAAACCACAACGACAUCUCGCCUCUCUACCACCCGACGGAUUUCGGUCAUGUGAAAGUUGCGUCCCAUUUGAUGGCUUUCUUUAGAUGGGUGCUGGGGUGGGAGUUGAGGAACGGGGGACGGAUGGUGCAGAGUGGGACGGAGUAUUGGAAUGAUGUUGGGGAGUAUUAGGGUUGAGAGAGGGGGGAGGGGUGGAUUAUGGAGAGGAGUGAAGGAAAGAGUUGGGAGGGGAGGUUCUUAUUUCCGUCCUAUACUGUACCUAUAUCUAAG